AUGGCAGAAUACCCUGCCCUCCUACCAAUACCCUCAAACCGCCUCACACACGCCUUCACCUCCUCGCCCUCCAUCAGCCAGCACCACCCCACCAUCGCGCCAACGCCCCUCACCGACAAAGCGCUCGGCAUCCACAAGAUCACAUCCGGCCUCACGCACGCCGUCGUCUCCCCUCCAACUCCCCCUCCCUCAUCCGCAUCUGGAUCCGCGAAGGCUUGGGAAGCGGUAUACCCCGCCGGAAGCUACAAGCCCAGCGGACCGAUCAAAGGCGGAUUCGGGUUCUACCUCUCCGGCCCCGAACGGUUUCGGGAGGCGCUGGAAGGGGGCGCGGAGGAGGUCGUGGUGGGGUAUGAAGUGUUGUUCGAGGACGGGUUCGAUUUUGUGAAGGGCGGGAAGCUGCCGGGUGUAUUUGGCGGGAUGGGAGAGUUGGCGUAUCGGUGUACGGGCGGAAGGAAGGAGGAGAGGUGCAAGUGCUUUGAUUUUAGGUUGAUGUUCCGGAAGGACGGCGCGGGCGAGCUCUACGCGUACGCACCGCUCACCGCGAGCAACGAGCGCGCGUUUCUCGCGGUGCCCGGUACGCGCGUCAACAACGACUACGGGAUUUCGGUUGGACGAGGCUUGUUCUCGUUCGCCGCGGGGACGUGGACGACCGUUGCCAUACGCGUCAAGUUGAACGCUGUUGGCGCUGAAGAUGGUCAAGUCGAGCUCUUCAUCGACGGCCGCUCGCUCUUCCGCGUCGACGGGCUCACAUUACGAGAAGACGCCUCGGCGCGGAUUAAAGGGAUGCACUUCCAGACGUUUUUCGGAGGCUCGACACCGGACUGGGCGAGCCCCCGAGAUCAGCGUGCUUGGUUCGCGGGCGUGUCUGGUGCCUGCGUCGGGUCCGGCGAGGGGGCGUGA